AUGCAGUCAUAUCUCAACAAGCUCGACGAGCUUCAAAUCGGACUUCAAGCCCUCACCAAGGACUUACAGUCGCGGGACUUGGAUCAAGUCACUGAGCUUGUCAACCUCCUCAUGAAAGACAUGAAGAGUAUUGCAUCUGCAUUUCAGGACCCGAAUUCUGAGGAACUCAGCGAUGCAAAUCUUCUCACAGAGCGCCACAAGCUUCUUCAGCUGACGGAGUUUGACGCCAAGCUUGCAUACUCGGAAAUGGACUGCGACGAGGCUUUUGAAUAUCCUUGGAUGACAGCCAGCAAUUGCGAGGAGUGCUUCAAGACGCUAGACCUCUCCAUUCAGUAUUUUGCUGACCACAUGUCUGACGCUGGACCAGUAUGCGCGCCUGUAUCCCACCAUUCACCAACCUUGUUGCAGAAUGCCAAAGGCACUGUGAUUGAAUAUCUCAAGCUUCGCCACCGUCGUAUUGCUAUGCAGCUUGAUCCAGGUCGAAGUCCAGGAGGACUAUCCAGAUACGCAGCACUUGGACAAGAAAGAGGUGCUGAGCUAUGUGUCUCUGACAAGGAGGAGUGGACUGUAAAGAAACAGCAAUGGGUUGACGCGCUGGCACCGGAAUGGGAGAGCGGUGCUAUUCAGGUCAUCAUGAUCGAGCCCAAGAAGCUGCUCAACUCUCCGUGGAGUGCCAGCAAACAGUACGACGAGGAGAGCGACCGUCCUACCCAUCCUCUUCUUCAGUGGUGCAAACUUGAUUUGAUGGAUCGUGAAGAGGGUGUUUUGCAUUGGAGUCUUGGAGGUGUUGUUGCUUGGAGAUUCUAUGGGGAGGACGAGUGGAUGGAUCGUUAUGGCCAUGCCAUUGAUGAAUACGAGUAA